CACCUCGUUAGCAUUUUAAUAAUCUCCUGUUAUUUCUACUAGGGGCACGCAGUCUGGGCUAUGUUUUAAUGGUGCUACACAUUUUUGGGGGACAAGAAUAUUCAAGAAGCGCAGUCUCUUUGGCACAACGAUAAACACACACACAUGUUCGGCGUAGAUUUGAUUGCUCGUUCCAGCAAUAGUGUCCGCCAUUUUGAUUUAAAAUAUGUGAGCAUCCUUUUCUGUCUUGCUCCAAUCUUCAGGAUAAAAGCGACAACUAAUUUACUGAACCUCUGAUUGUCCUAUACACAGUUGGAAGGGUCAGGCAGCUUCUGGUGAGUUGACAAGGACAUAGGACAUAUUUGGUUAAAUAACCUGGACGUGCAUCACCAGUUGACUGGUUUGGAACAUAAACAAAAUGCUCAGCUAGCAGGUUAACAACACUGACGCACUGAAGCUAAAGUCAAGGUUUCAGAGGUAGUGCUGGAGUGUGUGUGUGAGAGAGAGAGAGGGAGGGAGGGAAUGUGUGUCUUGAGAGGGUGUGUGUAAUCAUCCAUACAGAUUCAUGACCAUUCCUACCUGCAUAUUUGAGAUAAAUGACUGAAGAGGUUUGACAUAGGACACACGUUUUACUAAGCAGCAGCAGCCAUGUUCUGGAAGUUUGACCUGCACACGUCGUCCCAGCUGGAGGCCCUGCUUGAGAAGGACGAUGUCACGCUCACUGAGCUCAUGGAGGAGGAGGACGUACUGCAGGAGUGCAAGGCCCAGAACCGCAGGCUGCUGGUCUUCCUGUCCCAGGACACCUGCAUGCAAGAGCUGCUGCACCUCAUCACCACAGAGCCCCCUGCUGGUCUGGAAGAGACCAAACGCUUCAAGCACCCUAACAUAGCAUGUGAGCUGCUGACAAGUGAUGUAGGGGUGAUAAAUGAUAAGCUGGGGGGAGAGAAGCCCCUUCUGGACAUCCUGUACUCCUUCCUGGAGCAGCCCCCUCCCCUCAACCCCCUCCUCGCAUCCUUCUUCAGCAAGACCAUUGGAAACCUCAUCACACGCAAGACUGAACAGGUGAUCUCCUUCCUGCGGGGAAAGGAGGGUUUCCUGGGUCUGGUUCUUAAACACAUCAACACAUCAGCCAUGAUGGACCUCCUGCUACGCCUCAUCAGCUGUGUAGAUCCUGCUCCUCUCCGACAAGACACACUCAACUGGUUGAAUGAAGAGCGGCUGGCCCAGAGGCUCAUAGAACUCAUUCACCCAGGGAAAGACAAGGAGAGACAGUCGAAUGCGUCCCAGACUGUGUGUGACAUCAUCCGUCUGAGCAGAGACCAGGCCAAUCAGCUCCAAGAGAAUUCUGAGGCCGACCCUCUGCUCGCCGUGCUGGAGUCGCAGGAGUGUGUAAGUCAGCUGCUGGACAACAUGUUUGUGGGCGAGAGCACAGAGAGCUGCAUCGUCUACGGAACUCAAGUCCUUCUCACCCUACUGGAGAUCAGGAGGCCGGGAGUGGAGGGUGUGCUGGAUGUGUGUGUUCUGGGAUAUGAAAGGUGUGUCGUCAGCAGCAUCCUGCAGGCUGUCCAACCCCACCUCAAACACUACCACCAACUACUGCUGGAUCCUCCCAGGCGGACCCCCAUGCUGACCAGUCUAGGUGUGUUGGAGGUGCCACUGGGUAACUGUCGUCUCCAUGUGGCCAGACUAAUGGCCUCCCUACUACAGACCACUAACACGAGUUAUUACACCUGUUUUGACGACACGAUUUAUAACAACACCGUCACACUGGAGCUCUGCAGACUCCAGACCAUAAACCUCCUACUGGACCUGUUCUUUAAGUACACCUGGAACAACUUCCUGCACUUCCAAGUGGAACUGUGUGUGGCAGCCAUCCUCAGCCACUCUGCUCAGGAGGAGAGGCCCCAGGUUGGCCUGGUUAUCCAGGAAAGGCCCUUGGUUCCCCUGGAGGACAUUCCCCAGGCCAGCUUUGUGGCCCAGGAAAAAUCCAUGUUUCCCCAGGAGGAGAAUCCUCAGGGCAGCCUCCUGACCCAGGAAAAGCCCAGGCUUCAGCAGGAGCCCCAGGAAAAGCAGGCCUUGCCUGGCCCCAAACCACCACUGCCCUCUGUUCCUCCUGACAUCUCCACACAUAACCCACUGGUGACCCAUUUGUUUCAGGACUGUCGUCUGGUUCAGAGGAUAUUGGAGGCCUGGGAGGAGAAUGAUAAGACUCAGGCAGAGGGGGGUAUGAGGAGAGGCUACAUGGGUCACCUGACAAGAAUCGCCAAUACUGUAGUCUGUAACAUGGAGAAAGGACCAGUCCGCACCCAGAUCAGCAACCUUAUUACAGAGCUGCCUAAGGAUUGCAGGGGGCGCUGGGAGAGCUUUGUAGACCAGGCCCUGACAGAGACCAACAGGAAGAACACUGUAGACCUGGUACACAUACCUGCUCACACAAAUGUGUCUCACAACCUGCGCUCCUCCAGUGAAGACGAUGACCGACAGAGUCCCUUCCCCAAAGAGCUGUCACUGCAACAGACAUUCUCAGACUACCAGAUCCAGCAGAUGACUGCUAACUUUGUGGAUCAGUUUGGCUUCAAUGACGACGAGUUCUCAGAAAACGGCGACAACAUCAGCGCCACCUUUGACCGGAUCAAAGAGAUCAACUUCAACGUGGACACAGAGGACACUGCUAAGACUGCAGCAUUUGAGGCCUGCACUAAAGAGAAGAUCCAGUUGUUUGAUGACAGUGAGGAAGAAGACAUCUGGGAGGAGAGAGAGAUCAACUAUACUACGCACACCAAGUCUAGGACCAGGUUUGGGGGCCACAGACGUCUGUUGGAUCGGCUCAGAGUGAUGGGAUGAGCGAUACUCCUGAUAAGUCAACAGGUUCUGACACAAAGGAGGGGGAUGUGCCUCAUGAGGUCACAGGUCAGACUGAACACAGCAAGAACAUCAGCCAGACGGAGACUGCACAGAGCCCUGGCUGGGCGGCUAGUUUCGGGGAGGUGAACUUUAACUCCCCCUCAUCUGGAGUGGGUGUGGACCCAUGGGGUAGCCCCGCCCCCAAGCCUGGAGUGGGCGUGGACCCAUGGGGUAGCCCCGCCCCCAAGCCUGGAGUGGGCGUGGACCCAUGGGGUAGCCCCGCCCCCAAGCCUGGAGUGGGCGUGGACCCAUGGGGUAGCCCCGCCCCCAAGCCUGGAGUGGGCGUGGACGCAUGGGGAAGCCCCGCCCCACAGCC